UGCAUGAGUCAGUUCGGGAAACAUCUCACGAACAGGCAAGCCAGCUGCUGCGUUUUGUGCAUCUCGUUUAACAAUCAAAAUCGAGAUGCUCGAUGAGAAUCCGAAGAAGGGUCGGGAUAAAAGGAUUACGGUCUGGCCGCAAUGGCUGGCUGCAUGUACACUCAGCUUAGUUGUUAUCGGAAGUGGCCUCGCGAAUGGCUGGGCAUCACCGUACUUGGCUCAACUGACAUCAACGGAAGCGAACAUGCCUUUGAGACUGACAGACACCGAAGCAUCCUGGGUGGCGUCCCUUUUAAAUCUUGGCCGGUUCACCGGCGCUUUGCUCAGCGCACUGUGUCAAGAGUACAUCGGACGAAAGAAGGUGCUUCUGGUCAGUGGAAUACCGUUGGCUGCAAGUUGGGUGUUCAGUAUCUACGCCACGUCGGUCUCGUGGCUUUACACGUCGAGAUUCUGUUCGGGAAUCGGCUCUGGAAUGAUAUGGUGCGCUAUAUCCUUGCAUUUAAGCGAGAUCGCCGAUCCCAGCAUCCGAGGAUCACUGAUAUCCUUUAACGUGAACGCAUCUUCCGUUGGUAUGUUCCUGGGAAAUGCAAUGGGUCCUUAUCUGUCCAUGGAGAUGUUCGGGUACGUGAGUCUCGUCCCGAAUAUCCUCUUCAUAAUCCUCUUCAGCAUGAUACCCGAAUCACCCUACCAUUACCUUCUGCACGGGGAUAUCGACAAGGCCGAGGCAUCCUUGAAGUGGUUCAGGCGAGAAACCGACGUGAAAGCCGAGAUCCGGGAGCUUCAAGAAUUCGUCGAAGGGACUGAAACUAAUAUUUUCGUCAAGUUAAAGGAGUUCCUUAUGCCGGAUAAUUUCAAAAAGGCUCUGAUAGUGAUCGGCCUCUAUGUAUUUUCUUACAUGACCGGAUAUAACGCUCUCAACUCUUACGCGGAAAUAAUCCUCACAAGAAGUAAAAUUACUAUAACACCCAGCCUUGUAGUGACGAUCCUCGGGUUUUCAACGAUCUUGGCGGGUUUAGCGGCAACUUUACUGGCUGAUAAAUUUGACAGAAGAUUCUUUUUAAUCAUAUCCGGCGUAGGGACGUCUAUGUCGUUGGCAUUGUUAGGUCUACAUUUUCAUCUUCUUUCUUUGAACUAUAACGCGGCAAAUCUGACAUGGUUACCUAUAUUUUCUAUGUUAUUGUUCAAUUUAUCGAUGUCAUCGGGGCUGCAAGCAAUUCCAAGUACUCUGUUAGGUGAAAUGUUUAAUUCUAACAUGAAAAAUAUAGCAUCGAUGUGCGUGAAUACUAACAAUUCGUUGAUGUCCUUCACCAGCGCGAAAACUUAUCAACCCUUUGUAAACUUGGUUGGCGAAAAGUACGUGUACUGGACUUAUGGUAUUUGCUCGAUAUUCACGGUACCAUAUGCUCUCUUUUUGAUCCCGGAAACCACGGGUAAGAGUCUCUUGGAAAUUCAACAAUCUACGAAAAAAUAACAGAACUGAAUUAAAUUUAACUUGUAUGGUAAGGAAGGAAGUCUACAAGGCCGGCCCUGAGAUUUCGGGGGCCCGAGGCGAGCUCCGAAAAAGGGCCCCUUCACAUAUAUGACAUAAAAAA